UAUCUCGACAACUAAUUUUCCCAAUUUUCCUUAUUCAAGAUGGAAGGACAUAAAGCGGCUCCUGGCUGCAAGAUGGCACCUUUGGUUCCAAAAGGAUCAGUGCUAACAGAUAUGCGACAAAAACGAUGGUUGAUUGGAAAACCAGUUGGAUCCGGGGCCUUCGGAGCAAUCUACCUUGCCAGGAGAGAGGGGGAGGAGGAGGAGGAGUACGCUGUCAAGAUAGAACCCCACAGCAACGGUCCUCUCUGGGUAGAGAUGCAUGCGUUCUUCAGGAUAGGUUUGGAAACCCACAGAGCUAUCUGGAAACCUAGAAACGGGAAACCCGAAGGAUGGGUUGGUAUACCAAACUACUUUGGCUCUGGUUCUCAUUGGGUCGAAGAGGAAAAACUCAGGUUUUUAGUGAUGUCAAGGCUAGGUUCAGAUAUUCAGAAAUUCUUUCAGUCUGGGAAGAAACCAAUCCCUCUCCCUACUGCCUUAAAUAUAGGGAUCCAGAUAAUGGAAAGCUUGGAGUAUGUACACAGCAAGGGAUAUGCUCAUAAUGAUAUCAAGGCUCAGAAUGUUCUUCUGGCCUACGGACAGGACCAGAAUACGGUAUAUCUCGUGGAUUUUGGUCUUGCAUGUAAAUACCGGAACAGUCAGGGUUUCCACUGCAGCGCUGAACCUGAUGAACGGAAGGCACACGAGGGAACCCUGGAGUACACCAGUAGAGACGCGCACACUGGCGUUCACUCCCGCCGUGGGGAUCUUGAAACUCUUGGAUAUAAUCUGAUACACUGGGUUUCUGGAUACCUACCUUGGAUACAUUCACAGGAACCAGAGUUCGUACAGAGCAAGAAGAUUGGAUUUAUGUUCAAUGUUCCUGGUUUUCUGAAGAAAUGUUUUAAACCUGAGGCCCCGCCGAAAGUUUUGGAGGAUUUCAUGGUGUAUGUGAAUUCCUUGGGAUUUAUAGAUGCUCCUGAUUAUUCAAAACUCAGAAAACUUUUUUGCCAGGCUAUGAGAAGAGAAGGAGUAGAGCCCUACGCUCCUCUAGUCUUUGGAAACCGCAAGGUUGCCCCCCGCGAGGAGAGCUCUGAUGAAGAAGAGGAGGAAGAUGAGGAUCAGGAGGGAACACGAAACACAAGAUCUCAAGAUGAAGAUGAAAGGUUUGCUCCCUGGAGCUGGGAACAGGUUCUUAGUCUGGAUCCUGAAUCCAUCAUCAGGCAGGCUAGUCGAAGCAGUGAGUCUGAGGAGAGAGAGAACCCGGAGCAGACUGCUGCAUUCGAGGCGCUCCAGGAGCAGAGUUUACUGAACCCUACUCCGGAGAUGGUUCGAUUACUGGAGGUGAGAGAGGAGCUAGAACGGGUUAGGAAGACCCUAUCCUGGAAGGAGCAACUGGCGGAGUACAAUCAGAGAAUGGCGAAUACCAAGGCAAAGUUUGCAAGUAUGGACUUGACAGCCUCUGAUGUAACUCCUGCCAUGCAACAAGUCAUUGAUAGAAGAGCCAAACGUUUAGCCUCAGGUAUUUGCUCUCCUAUAACUCCUGAACCAUCUGAGGAUGAGCUUGAUGAGCUGGAUGAUCUGGUUGAAGUAAAGAAGGCCCUGACCAAGGGAACCCGGAGACAGAAACAAACCAGCGCAGUUUCUCCUCCGUCUGGUUCUAACACUCCAAGGACAAGAUCAGGAACGUCUACUCCUAGAGCUGGCAGGGGAUCUGCUACACCACGCUCUAGGCCAGGUUCCGCUACUCCUACAGCAGGAUCCGUCACUCCUGGAUCCAGGUCUGGAACUGCUUCUACGGUUCCAAUGGAAUGUUUCACAAGAUCAAGCCGUAGUUCUCGUGCCUCGUCUCCCAGUUUCUCCGGAUCUGUUUUACAGCUGGAGGAUUCUCCAGUAAGGAGAUCUGAGAUCCCAAGAUCUAGCGCUAGACUAAAUACAAUCCGUAAUAAAGACGACACGGAUAGUGGAUCAGGUCGUAAAACCAGAAUAAAGAAUAAAGAUGCUCAGUUUAAACUUCCAACUGCCAAUACAAAAAUUGCCUGUCUCCACUGUGGUAAACUUCUUCUAGAAAAAAGCAUGUCCCGUCAUAUUUCCAGAUUUCAUGCCGAAGAUAUUGAAACGGACGACAUAAGAGUUAAACGAGUUAUUCAAAGUCCAAAAACUCCAAUUCUUCAGAUGAAGCGUUUUCGAAACAAUCGUCAUCUAACUCCGCAGCUUAACCAGGAGCAGGAGUUUAUUCCAAGCAGUAAAAUAUUUUCGUCUCCUGAGGAGCCCCAAUCUGAUCCUGAGGAGCCCCAAUCUGAUCCUGAGGAGCCCCAAUCUGAUCCUGAGGAGCCCCAAUCUGAUCCUGAGGACGAGACUGCUAAAGUUCCUGAGAGUAGUGAGGAGAAGUGUCCGAUGUGUUUGAUGAAACUACCCUUACUUAUGAUAGCUCAGCACUUAUCAGAUGUUCACUCGCCAGCAAGAAAGAGAACUCGACAGGUUAAGAUUAUAAGCAGUGGUGUUCCUGUUCACGUGAGCUCGGAUUCUCCUCUGAAAAUCAGGAACAUGACUUCUCCGGAGAAGUCGGGAGCAGAUGUGUCCGUUAUGCCUGUUCCAGAUUCUGUUAAGAUACGGAAAUAUUUAGCUCUUGAGUAAAUUUUCUGUCAGUUUAUUAUGAAUUUAUUUAUAUUAUUGAUAAAAAAGUGUUCUUAAAUUAAAAGCAAAGCAGCAUUUUAUUGAAAAUAUAAAAUGCCUUUAAUUAGUAAUGAAAUAUAUCUUGGUUGUUUUACCAUUUUAA